CUACUGUAUCUAACUUGGUGAAUAAAACUACAAGAUUUAAAAAUGCAAUACCGGGUACUGGGCCCAGAUGUAAUAAAAGUAUGUGUGUAUAGGUGAAAAAUAAAAUUAAAGGUAUUUUUCCACACUCUACAUCAGCAGGUACCAGUUGUUAUGGCUGUUUUGUUUUAAUUGGUUGAGUAGGUCUACACAAAAUACUUUUAUAGGCCUACCACUCCUGGGGGAGCUGACAAACACAGGAGACAAUGCGGUGAAUACAUAAAGUAUGAUCUCAACUUGUUUGUCAGGCUCUUGUGAGUGUUUUGAGAAUUGUGCAGCAGGGUGUAUUUACAGUAGGGCAAAUAUAGGACUGUGUGUUUCUAAAUAUUACAUGUAUAUGUAUAAUGCUUUUCAGUAUGAUGCAGCUAUAUAGUGACAUUUUCAGAGGCAGGAAAUACGGAUCAUUAUUUUUACUUUCAUUUUCAUUUUGUCAUGUUUGUAUAGGAGCCACUCCCAUUCCGAUUUCAAAAGUUUCAAAACCCCUGUUAUUCUACAGUGAAUCUUCCACUGCAUUUAAAAGCAUCAAAAUGGCAGAACAUGUCUUUGAUACUCAAAAUCCUUUAAAUUGCCCAAUCUGUCUGAAUCUGCUUAAUGACCCAGUGACUACAACUUGUGGGCACAGUUUCUGUAUGAAGUGUAUAGAUGAUUCUUUGAGACGAGCUCACAGCUGCCCUACAUGCAGGACGACAUUCAACCAAAGGCUGACUCUGAGCAGAAGCACUAUCCUGGCUGAAAUUGUAGAGGGAAUGAAACAGGAAGUUCCAGCUGGGCCUGGAGAUGUGAAGUGUGAUGUAUGUAAAGGGAGAAAACUCAAAGCUGUCAAGUCUUGUUUGGUGUGUUUGGCUUCAUACUGUCAAACUCACAUUCGGCCUCAUUACGAGUCUGAAGCUUUCAAAAAACACAAGCUGGUAAACGCUUCCCCAAAUCUACAGCAGCAGAUCUGCUCUCAACAUCAUAAAGCACUGGAGGUUUACUGCUAUAAUGACUGGAAGUGUAUUUGUAUAGUUUGUAUGGGGAAUCAGCACAGUGGACAUCUAACAGUCUCAGCUGCAGCUGAAAUGGCUAAAAAACAGGAGGAACUGAAAAAACAAAAGAUGGAUUUCUCUGAAAAAAUCAAAUACAUAAGCAGGAAGGUCAAGGAAUUUCAGGAGGCCAAGGAUUCUCAUAAGCGCUCUGCACAGGCAGCAGUGGAGCACAGUGACAGGACCUUCAGUGAGCUCAUCAGCUAUAUUCAGAAAAAACGAACUGAUGUGAGACAAAUGAUCAAAGCUCAGGAAAAGAAGGAGAUAGCACAGAUCAGUGAUCACAAACAGGAACUAGACCAGGAGAUCAGUAAUCUGGAACAGGAGAUUGAUCAAAUGAAGCUGAUUUUACAUACAGAGGAUCACAUUCAUUUCUUCCAGAAUUACUCUUCUCAAUCUGGAGUGUAUUUAUACACAACUUCACCCAGGGAUGUUAAUGACCUCUUGACAUUUGAGAAUGUUGAAGAAUCUGUCUCAGAGUUGACAAACCAACUGGUCAAUCUCUUUGAAGAGCACAUGGACAAAAUAACAAAGAAAGUUGCUGAUGUCCAAAUCUUCAAAUCCACUAGGCUCCAAGAAAUUGAUUUGUCAUCUUCAACUUCAGAAUCAGAAUCAGAUUCAGAAUUGUCUGCAUUAAAAAGGAGACGGCUUUUGAUGAGUUAUCCAUAGUGAUUUUCUGAGCCCUUUUCCUCACUCUGCUGUCAGAUAUAUACAGUUCUUGGAAGGGUGGGCAGGGGAGCACCAAUCAUUCUCUCAGCAGCCCAAACUGUCCUCUGCACUCUAAAAAGCAUGCUGGGUUAAAAAACAACCCAAUUUGGGUCAUUCAGAAUGAAGUUUUGAGUCUUCAAAAUGAGUGUCUCUUGAGUCUUCAAAAUGUCAACAAGUCUGAAAUUUUACAUGCAAAACAUUACUUUUAACAAUUAUCACUUCAACAGCAUAAAAAUAAUUAGUCUUUAUUACACAACACAGUUUCCUUUGGGAAACUACAUUCAGCCAGGUUAAUCACAAAAAGAAAUACGAUGUAAAUCUGUCAAUAACCCACUAUUAGCAUCUCAAAAAUGUAAAUAUUGUAAAACUCUUCCAUAAAUAUGACAUAACAAACUCACUGUAUUAAAAGUAUCUCUUCUGUUCAUUAAAAGAGUCCGUUCAGACUAUUUCUGAGUCAAAAACCGUGUCCGCGUAUUUUUCAAUGUAAGCUCUUUUCGGACUUUUUCCACCUUCCAUGAAAUCUCUAAAUACUCCUGGACACAAACAAUGAAUGAUGACUAUAGUUUUUAAAUCUUUGCUUAUCAUAAACUGUCUUUCACUUGCUUCCAUCUGAAGACCCUGAGAAAAUGGUGGCUUCUCACACUGGUGUCGUCCGUUGUUGAUGCGACGUGCGUGGUCUCUUUCACGUCUGCAUUCCAGAUUAAGACCAAUUUUCAACCCCACGUCUUUACCCAGCAGUCUCAACCCAGCAUUAGGGUUAAAAAAAAAAUAACCCAGCAUUUUUUUUAGAGUGCGUAGUCUUCUAAUUCAGACAAUGAAUGUGAGUAUAACAUAGAUUAUUUUGUUACCACUUAAAGGAUGCAACCCAUCGGAUGCAAAAUUCACUUUUCAAGUUGUGUGUACACAUCCACCCUAUAAUGAUAAAAAUCCACCCAGUGUUUUUUUUUUUUUUUUAAAUCCCUAUAUUAAAAUCCCCUUUCUCAAAUCAGGCUGUUCUGAGAUUCCUGUCAGAAUAACAUAGUUCUGCACAGGCCGCUCCCAUGAUAGUUGAUUGACAAGACCGUCUUACCUUAGACCCGCCCUGAGUGAGCUGAGAGCUGUCCACCAUUGUGUCGACGCCGGUGCAGGGGAAGACAAGAUGUCUCCGAUUAAGCAAUUGAGGUGUUUUGAUGUUGGACGUAAUAAUGAAUAUAGCAGUCAUCAUUUACUCCCGACAUCUGAGCCACUGAAGACGCAGAGGAUUAACGUUACUUUAGUUUUGAAGGGAAUGCGCCGAUCUGCCUAAAUGCGUCUAUGUUCGUGCAGCUUUAUCUACAGAAGAAGUGAGUAUAACGUUUUUUAUGAAUCUUUGCAAACCGCCUUUCCUAAUAAUGUGCUAGUUAGCCAGUUUCACAGCUAAAGUAAACAGUACUGCUGGUCACCCCAAGGAAGAGAGGGGCGGGGUCAGCAGAGCUCAUUAGCAUUUAAAGAAACAUGGACUAGAAUGGCUUGCUAAAAACAGAGCUGAUUUUGACAUGGUAAAAGAGGUGUUUUUUGGUCGAAUUUGAGAUUUUCACAAAAAUGAGUUCAUUAAGCCCUCUUCUAGCGAUCCCAAUGCUCCAAAUAGUAAUUAAACAUCUAAAAUGAUCUUUAUUUGUACGUUUUCUGAGAGGAGUACCUUUUUCUCUGCUCACUUAUGGACGACUGCUGCUGCUUCUCACUACACGUUGUAGGUCUAUUGUUGCAAAGUGCAGCAUUCCAGCUUUGUGAAUAUUCAUAGCGAAUUCUCGAUGACAUAAGUCCAAACCAGUGAAAUAUGAUUUUCAAACCCAUGCUGAUGAAAACAAAACGAUUGCACUGCUGACUGACAUUUGCAAAGCACAUGCAUAAGACGCGCCUCUCCCUAUAAAGUACAUUAUUGCAAAACAUAAUGUUAUGUCUUACAUGAACGUUUAGUAAAGGGUUGGGGAUCCAUGCAUUACAGUAGGUCUUAAUAUAGAUCUGUCUCAAUGUUAAUCAAAUAUUAAAAGACGGAAUCACUCACUGCUCUUGAUUAAACUACUGUUUAUUUGCAUCUUUGUUCUUAUUUUUAAUAACAAAGAUAAUAUAAAAAAUAACUAUAUUGUGAUUAAAAAUAUAGUCAUUAUAGUUAAGAAAAAAAUUGGAAGAAAAUGUACAACGUUGCUUGGUGAUUUUGCUUUGGAAUCUUCAGAAAAUCAAAAUCAACUCUUCUAACUCUACUGCCUUCGAACAGCUGUAGCUCAGUAAUUUUUUGUCCGAUUCCAACAAGUCGUACAUCAUUUUAAAGGUAUUUUAAUGGAGAAUGUGAAAAUAACUCAUUUUUGAAAAUUUGCUCAUUCCGACUCAUUUUGCCAGCAUGGGUCAUAAAUGUUCAUAUAAAUGUAGUAUAGAUAAAAUGAUGAUUGGGAUAUCGAAUACAUGGUAAAUAUACAUACAUUGCAUUUAGAAUUGCCUGUUAAAUUCAUGAAACUUGUAACAGUAAAAGGAAAGACAAGCAUUUAAUUCAUUUUGGUUGAGUUUGAGUAUAUCUGUACAUGUUAAAGGGCAAACUUAAGUGUUGAUUGUGCCUGUAUGUUGCAGCUUUUACUUUCCCAAUAAACCUAUGGAACAAGUAGCUAACUGUCUUCAGUGUCAUGAUGUUAGCAAAGAGUUUACCUGUCAAGUUAUAUACAGAACAUAUACCGAGGGCAGCACAGUGAAACCAAGACAUUUAGGCAAGAUAAUGCAAUGUAAGCUGGCAGAUAACUAUAAAAGCAUUGUCACACACAGCCAGUGGACAACUAUCAGAUUAUCAGUGUUUGGAGAAAUACACCACCAGGCAACAGAAACAUCUCUCAUGCUUCAUGUUCUUCAGCACAAUCAACAUCAUAUACUGGGUCAGCAGCAGCUAAGGCGAGAGCAGAAGCAGCAAAAGCAUAUCUUGCCUUCACAGAGGAGGAAGUUAAAAUAAAGCUACAAAAAGCCAAGGUGAAGGCAUCUAUGGAAAUGCUCAAGCAAUAAGAAAGAGGCAGCUGCAGCAGAAGUAGAGGCGCUUGAAGCUGCUGUUGGUGGGAAUACUGACAAACACAGUUGCAGGCUCAGUUUAAAUUCUGCUCCCUUGGAAACCACACAACGCAUUGAACAAAAUGUUACUGUCCAAACCAACUGCAUCUUUUCAGACUGCAUCUACUGAUUUAAACCUGACCCCUAGUGAAGAGAUGGAUCUCCUGCUGAAGUGGCUUGGCAAGAAGUCAAAAGAUCAUGUUGAGCAGAUAAGGGCAAUACAUAUCAGAUAUCCACAAGCAUGGCUAUGGCAUGGGACAGAGGUGAUCAGACUUAUGGCUCAACUGAAGUAAUAUAAGAUGCUUUGUUCAAACAAAUUGACAACUUUCCUAAGAUAGCCAACCAAGAUUAUGCUAAACUGACAAAAUUAAGCGAUUUGCUAAUGGAGCUUCAGUCCUCUAAGGCAGAAGGAGACUUGCCUUGCUUCACUUUCUUAGACAUGGCAAGAGGUGUCAAUCCGAUUUUGAAUACACGAAAAGUGGGCAUCAGUUGGUGCAGCCUGCAAGAGUACAAAGAGAAAUCUCUGUACACAAGACAGGACCUUACAGAGUUCCCACUGAUACUGGCGAGCUCUCAAAAAAAUCUGGCGACUGCGAUAAACUGUGUCCCAUUCAUAGAAAACGGCAUCCUCUAAAUGCUUUUCAGGGAAAGCCCAAUGACACUAACAAGACAAUUUUAAGAGAAUUAUGUGCUUUUAAAUUCUUUUCUUCAGCAUUACACAUUGCACUGCAAGAACUGUAAGACUAAAGUCCAAUGUUCUGAAUGUAAAAAGUGAAAGCCCUGGAUAGAGGUAGACCCUGCUACUGAGCAUCAUGGAGAGGGGGAGGACAUCUCACCUCAAUCUCAAGCCACCAGUGUUUGGCCUUUGGAGUGUCUUCUCACGUCGGACAAGAGGAGGGUUUUCUCACAGCAAGCGGUGGGCUGUAAUUUCUUACAUGUACCUGUCAAACACAUUCGUUCAGACCAUGGCACAAACUUGAAGAUAUCUUCAAACAUUGACAGCAAAACUGUGCAGACAUUUCUGUCAGAUCAAAGAUGCACUUUGACUUUUAAUCCUCCACAUGCUUCCCACUGUGGCGGAACACGGGAAGAAUGACUGGCUUUUCAAGAAGAACUCUUGAACUUACCCACGAGGUGCUGGUGACCUUCAUGGCAGAGGUAGAAGCCAUUAACAAUGCUAGGCCUCUUGUUCCUGUGCCAACGGACCCUGAUGAGUUGUUCUUUCUCACCCCAGUGGUUAUUCUCACAAAAAAGGUGAACUCUGCACCUGCUGCACCUGCAGGUGAGUUGCAGACCUGUACAAUUGCCAGUGACGGCGAGUUCAACACCUUUCCAACACAUUCUGGGACAGAUGCAAUUCCUACCAACCCUACAGGCACGCAAAAAAUGGCAGAUGAGAAAGUGUUGUCCUCCUCAAGAACAGCUAAGUACCACAGAAUGAAUGACCUCUCUUGGACUGGUAACACAGACUUUCCCUAGCCACAAUGGGAAGGUGUGUCAGGUUGAGGUCAAGGUCAUCAAACCAGGAGGUUCUACACUUUUCCUGAGGGGAGUUUUUACAUUUUUUCGCAUCAGGUGGGGAGUGUUUUGUUAGCACUUACUGUCAUGUUGUUCUGUGCGUGAAAGAUAUUUUGAAAAAUGUCUCUGUGUUUUUGUCUGUGUAAUGAAAUUAGAAUAAAGUUACAAAGAAAAAAAAAUGUCAUACAGUUUUUGAAUGAAAAGUAAAUGUUAACAGAAUUUUCAUUUGUGAAGAACCUUUUAAAUAACGGAUUUAAAGGCCAAUCCAACAGCACAAUUCAAUAUUUUUCCAGGUUUAGUUACCAGGUUAUGUUGUGCAAUGUAUCUUUUGAUGAUUCACAUCAAUGGCUUGGUGGUGCUAAAACUAAAAUAUUGUCAUAUCUCUGCAACCAUUUGAAUAAAUAUAUAAACAAAAAAAAAUAUAUAUAUAAACAAAUUAAUCAUAAAGAAAUCUUAAAUCAUAAAGAAGUGAUUUGCCUGACAGAGAUAAUUGAUGCUUGA